AUGGCCGACUACAACCAGGUACAUGAGAACGGAUUGGGCAGCGAUGCCUUGGUCAACAAUCCCAUCGUUCAGCACAACACUGCAUAUCACGACCUUCAACAUGACCUAAUCGGUGGUCUUCCUGCUCUUCAGGCUGCCCCAUCUUUAGGGGUGCAGCUGCAGGAGCAUGGAAGUGCUUUGUGGGUGAUUGGCUCUGAUUCAAAAGAACGACCCGAUCCAUACAGCUGUAUCUGUGGUACCAAAUUCACCCGACUAGACGCUCUCAACCGCCACAUCGGAUCCAAAUCUCCCAAUGCUCCCCGCCACCCUUGCGAGUAUUGUUACACUUACCAGGGCGAGAACGCCUUUUAUCGUCGCGACCACCUCACCCAACACCUAAAAGCUUAUCACAAGAUCGAGACUGCGGACAAACUUGACCAGCACAAGCUCAGGAGGCCUAAGAAGGCCAACGUCGCGCCCGGCCCCCAAGCUCCUAUGCUGUUGAUGCCUCCCCAUCCUUGCCCGGUACUCGGUUGUCCCAAAAUGGGAUACGACGGUUACCUUCGAAAGGUGGAUCUUGAUGAACAUGUAGCUAUGAUGCAUCCCCCAGCUAUGAUGCAUCCCCCAGCUAUGAUGCAUCCCCCAACUAUGAUGUAUCCAUACAACACUCAGGAGCAGGCAUUCGACCAGCAGUACCAGGUCCCUAUGCAACCAGACCAGCACAAUGGCGCAUUUGGCUCGAUCUAACAAGGCUAUGGGCUCAACCAAUCUAAGAUCUGGUCCA